AUGGUUGCUUCUACCAUCAGCAUGGAGGACACGACAUCUAUCUUGUUCAAUGGAUGGAAGAGACCUGCGGUUGCCCUAAUUCUAUCGUUGUUGCUGGUCAACUAUCUAGUGGGCAUAUGGAAGGCUCUGAGAUCCCCUCUUUCAAAAAUUCCCGGUCCUUGGUACGCUCCUUUCACCACGAUGCAUCUUCGCUACGGCUUUGCUACAGGGAAAAUUUGGAAGGUUGCCGAGAAGGCGCACAGACAAUACGGCAGCAUUGUCCGCCUCGGCCCAAGGCAAAUCUGGAUUGCGGAUAAGACGGCGAUGCAGCAGAUUCUCUCUACGAUAGACUUGCCAAAGGUCACCAUGUACGCAGAAAUCUCACGAGACCGCUUUGCGCCAGGUCUGUUUGGCGAGAUCCGUCCGGAACCGCACAAGCGCCUCAAGCGCUUUCUCUCUCCAGCAUUCACCGUUUCAUACGUUGACAAGCUGGAGAGGUAUUUCGCAAAGAGCAUCAGUGACUUGAUCGCGAAAUAUGAAUACGUUCUCGGCGGCAAAGGGGACGGUGCCACUAUCGACCUGAUGGAUGAUCUGCACAACGUUGCUUUGGACAUCAUGGGAGAGAGCUCAUUUGGGCGUGGAUUUGGGCAAACUAACCCCCAGAAAGGAGUCGAGGAGGGCGCUGACGAAAAAGCAUGGAAGAUGAUACCGCAUGCAAUUUUCCAUGGGAUGACCAAGAGAUACCAGAAUGUCUACGUCAAGAGGUUUCUCCGCAGCUUUGGAAUUGACCUGAAGUUCGACUGGCCAGCCGAAAUGGUCAAGCAUUUCCUCGAAGAGGGCGCACGGCCAGACACGGGCGUACGCAUGAAUACGAGAGAUAUCGUCGAUCAGAUGUCCGAGCUCCUGCUUGCGGGGUCUGAAACGACGUCGGGAACGAUUGCGUGCCUAUUUCUCGAGCUCGUCCAAAAUCCAGACGUCAGGGAGAAGCUUCUCCGCAGCCUGCCUGUUUUAGGACCAGAGGAUCCAGUCGUUGACGGGAAAACGGUGCGUCUUGACCCGCAGUACGAGUACCUCAAUGCAUGCAUCAAGGAGAACCUCCGGCUGCACCCGAUCGCAUCGGAGAUGGGCCGUCGGACCGGAAAGGAGUGGGUAAACCUCAUGGGCUACAGUCUUCCACCGGGCACUGUGGUGUCAGCGUCGUACCGCGAUCUACAUCGCAACCCAGAGUUUUGGCCGGAGCCAGAGCGUUUCUGGCCCGAGCGCUGGCUGGACGAAGAUCGCCGUGAGGGGGCACCGGCGCCCGAUAUGGCGGCUUACUAUCCGUUCUCGGCGGGCAAGCACUCCUGUAUCGGGAUCAACUUCGCGUGGGCGGAGAUGCGCAUGGUCGCCGCUAACAUGUUUUCUCGGUACGAUUUCGAGGAGGUCCCGAACCAGACGAUUGAUUACCGUCAGUACAUUACCAUGCAGUUCAAGGAUGCCUGCACCAUGUCCGAUCCGGCCCAGCACCUCGGCCAGCCCCUUUCAUUCCCCAUAUCCGGCAGGACUGCACCCAACCGGUUCCUCAAAGGGGCCAUGUCGGAACGUCUCGCCUCUUGGGAUCCGCAUCCCCUCAGCCGCGGCGUGCCGUCACGGGAGCUGGCGGAUCUUUACGAAGUCUGGGGACGCGGCCAGAUUGGCGUCCUCGUGACUGGAAACAUCAUGGUCGACCCCGCGCACCCGGAGGCCGUGGGCAACGCGUCCGUCCCUUUGGGUGCGUCGGAAUCCUCACGCCGCUUCGAAGCCUUCAAGGACAUGGCAAGCGCAGGAAAAAGGCACGGAAGCCUGAUGAUUGCACAAAUAUCUCAUCCGGGCCGUCAGUGCGACGUACGGAUCCAGCCCGACCCAGUGUCUGCCUCGGACGUCCAGCUCCAGGUGACAGUGAUGGGGAUGCGCUUCGGCAAGCCCCACGCGGCGCAGAGCGAAGAGAUCUCAAGGAUCGUCCGACAGUUCCAGUUCGCGGCCACGUACCUCGAGCAGGCUGGGUUCGACGGCGUCGAGGUGCACGCGGCCCACGGCUACCUCGUCGCGCAGUUCCUGUCGCCGACAACUAACAGGCGCGACGACGAGUACAGCGGUGGCAGCCUCGAGGGCCGCGCGCGGCUGCUUGUCGAGAUCGUGCGCGCCAUCCGCGCCCGCACGUCGCCCGGCUUCGUCGUCGGCGUCAAGCUCAACAGCGUCGAGUUCCAGCAAGACGGGCUGCGGCCGGACGAGGCCCGCGAGCUGUGCGCCGUGCUGGACGGCAUGGGCGUCGACUUCGUCGAGCUGUCCGGCGGCACGUACGAGGCCACGGCGUUCGCGCACCGCGAAGAGUCGACGCGCGCGCGCGAGGCCUUCUUCAUCGAGUUUGCCGCCCUGAUUGCGCCAGAUCUGCGGCGCACCAGGACUUACCUCACUGGCGGCUUCCAGACGGCUGCUGGCAUGGCGGAUGCGCUGGCGACCGUCGAUGGCGUGGGGCUUGGUCGCGCGCUGUGCCAUGAGCCGUUUCUCUGCCGUGACAUCUUGGCUGGGUCGACGGCUGGAGUGGCGAGGAGCCUCGUUGAUGGGAAUAAUGUAGCGUUGAGUAACGCCGCUGCCCUGAUGCAAAUGUGGAGACUCGCGCUGGGCAAGGAGCCGUGGGAUACCUCUACCCCGGAAGGUAUGAGUGCUAUGCUCCAGCUCCUUGCUCGCUACCGGAAAGAGUUCGAGCGGGCAGAUUUUACUACCCCCGGCGACUUUCGAAGAACAAUUCUUGCAGUGCUAUAG